AUGUCGGGCCAGUUGGCGGGUGUUCUGCGAUUGCACAGUGGUGGCGGCAGCAGGGUAGAGACGGCCGAGCUACGUGAAGGCGGGAGAGGCUCCUGGGAGGAUGUGCUGGACUACCACUCCCAGCAGGCAGAGGAAGAGAACCAGCCAGGUGGGCUUUCGACGGCUCCGCUAGAGGGCAGCGGCUGCCUCUCUGUACGCCGUCUGGGCCUUUGCAUGGGGCUCUUGCGCCUUGGACUCAAGUCAUCCGCCGCCUGGUUCUUGCAGGUGGUUUCCAGCAUCAAUGGGUCCGUGGACGACCGUGGGAUCUGCCACUGCUCUGUGCUCGUGCCACAGGAUGCCUUCCCAGUCAAACGGGUGGAGGUUCUGGAGGUGCAGGCACGCUCGCUCACCCAGAGGUGCGACAUACAGCUCACCAAGAUGACGAAGUACAUUAAAGUCAUUAAUGGCUACGGGCAGAAGAUCCUUAACCUGACGGAGCGGGUGGAGCACAUGCACAAGAGCCAAGUAUCCUACACAGAGCUGGGCUUUGGGACGCUGAAGCUGGAAAUCCAGGAGAUGGAGACCCUGAUCAGCCAGCUCAAGGUUUCCAUGGGUGACAGCAACGUGGUCAUCCAGCAGCUCUACGUGGAGAUCAAGAACAUCAGCCUGAUGGUGACUCAUCUGGAAAGCCUGGACAAGAACAACAUCCUGGCCAUUCGCCGGGAGAUUGUGGCUCUGAAGCAAAGGCUGAAGGAGUGUGAAAAUCCGGAAUCCGUUCAACCAGGUUCCUGUAACCAUGGUGGCCUUUUCAACAUCAGCAAGCCUUAUCCCAUCCAGUGGAACUGGAGAGGACCUAGCUACCCGUACGGAGUUUGGGGCAAAGACUACUCGCCUGACAACCCAGAAAAUGAAGUCUAUUGGGUGUCCGCUCUGGAUGAUACGCGACUCAUGCAGCAUAUUCAUCUUUACUCUUCCUAUGAUAAUUUAUUGUUGAAUAGAUCGUCUAAGACCUUUGCUUACAAAUAUGGGCAAGGAACUGGAGCAACUGCUUAUAAGCAUUUCCUGUACUUUAAUUGCUAUAACACCAAUAACGUGUGCAAAUUUGAUUUAAAAUCUAACUCGGUGGUUUUGAGGAAGGAGCUUCCAGGGGCGGCCUUCAACAACCGCUUCUCCUACGCCGGGGUAGCCUGGCAAGACAUAGACCUCCUCGUGGAUGAGACCGACUUAUGGGCUGUUUAUUCCACAGAGGCAAAUACCGGUAACAUAGUGAUUAGCAAGCUCAACGAGGAAACCUUGGGAGUGCAGAAGACCUGGUACACGCAGCAGCACAAGCCCUCUGUGUCCAGCGCGUUCAUCAUCUGUGGGGUCCUUUACGUCACUCGCUCCAAUAACACAAAGCAAGAAGAGAUCUUCUAUACUUUUGACACCCGCACUGGGAAGGAGGGUCGGGUCAGCAUCCUGAUGGACAAACCGUUUGGUACGGUGCAGGGUCUGAACUACCACCCCGCAGACCACAAGCUCUAUGUCUACAAUGAUGGCUUCUUGAUUAAUUACCAAGUGGGCUUCCGAUGGGCCGCCCCGUGA